AUGGCCAACAUCACCGACCUCCCGCCCGAAGUCCUCGGCAAAAUCUUCGAGUCCAUACCCUACAAGGGAGACCUGCUCAUCACCGAGAAUUCAUCGAAAGACUUCAAGACCGACGCCGACAAGACCGACAACAUCGACUUCGGCGCGAGCAGUAGCCUUGUGCUGCACUGUCGACCUGGCAAGGUGGUAACGUGUUGGCUUGUCAACAUCAAGAAGUAUCUGCGCGACACCGCCACAACUGUCGAGGUCAAUGUGGAGGACCUCGAUUUUGGCAACCUCAUCCGCUUCAUCAUGGCGAUGCGUACUAAGGGCACACUCGCGCGUUUUGCGUACAACUACUACUCAAGGGGUUCAUCAACCCAAGGCAUCUUCGUCAAGCACACGAUCACGUCCAGACUCGAGAUCAACUCCACCUGCCUCAACACCUUCCUCGACUUGACGGCGAAGAUAAAGGAGGAAGACGGCUACGACCUCGCGAUCAUCCAUGAGGUCGUGGGAGUCGAGAGCUACCAGGCACUCAACAACUUCGUCGCCCAUCGCGCUCACAACUCACUUUACGACCACGAGGUUCAGCACGCCCAUCUCUUCAGAGCGCUCAAGAAGCAUUUAGAGAAUGUUCUCGAUGGCGAUGACGAGGUCGAGCAGGGGGAUGUCGAGAUGAUGGACGUGGAGGAGGAUGCUGACGGGGUUGAGAUCCCAAUUGAAGAGGCAGAGAUGACAGGUCUGGAGGAUGAGGCUGGCGGCGAGAUUGCAGAGGAGAUCGAGCUGGAUGCUGAUGGGUUUCCGGCUCCGGUGUAG